CCGGACACAUCUGCUUCUUUAGGGCUGAAUCAGGCAAGGCUUUAACUUAGGAUUGGGCCCAGACUUCUGGUCCCUGCUGGGGCUUCUUCAGGGCUGGGCACACUUCCAUGAGGUCUCCCCGCCCAGAGGGGCUGGAGGUCAGGGGUAAAGGGCCCUUCUCCCCCUCUCCUUGCAGAUCCGCAUGCCAGGGCUCUUAUCCGUUCCCCAAGGCCCUGGUGGGCUGAGCCAGAUCCCAGACGCUCAGGUAUCAGGCUGGCUACUCGCUGCCAGCAGCAAGGGCAGGAGGGCCCUUCACAAGCCCCUGCUGUGUGCCACACCCGGGGACGCCUCGGCGCGGCUCCCCAACCCCCCACACGCACAGAGCAUGAGCUCACAGGCAUGCGCCACCACGCCUGUCCCGGGUCCUGUCUGCCCAGGGCCAGCUUCUAGGUCAGGCCCGCGCAUGACUUCCGGGGAGAACCAGUGGCAGGUGCCGUAGGCUGGGUCCAGCUGAGGAGCUUGGGGUGUGCGGCAGCCAUGGCUUGCGGGGUAUGGGGCAGGGCUCGGGGGGGCCCUGUGGGGGCCCUAACCCUGACAGCUCUGGCUGAAGAGAUCCGGGCCAACCAGGGGCAGCCCCCAGGACCCUCUUCCAUUGACCCUCAGCCUGAACCUGAACUUGAACCUGAGGCAGAGCCUACGGGUGUCACUGCCAUCCCCACAGCCCGCCCUGUGCCCUGCUCUCUGCCCAGGGUGCAAGAGCCAGCCCCCAAGGGGCUCUAUCAGGAACCCCCAAAUUCCUGGGAGGAGGGGCCCCUGGCUGACCUGGCAUUGUAUGCGGCUGCCUGCCUGGAAGAGGCUGGCUUUGCGGGGACCCAGGCAACAGCCCUCACACUGUCCUCAGCCCUGGAGGCCCGGGGGGAGCGUCUGGAGGAGCAGGUGUAUGCCCUGGUGCGCGGGCUGCUGGCACAGGUGCCCAGCCUGGCCGAGGGGAGGCCCCGGCAGGCGGCCCUCCGGGUACUGAGUGCGCUGGCCCUGGAGCAUGCUCGGGAGGUGGUGUGUGCGCUGUUGCCCAGCUCGCUGCCCCCGGACCGGGUGGCUGCUGAGCUGUGGCGCAGCCUGAGCCGAAACCAGCGCGUGAAUGGGCAGGUGCUGGUACAGCUGCUGUGGGCACUGAAGGGCGGAGCCGGGCCCGAGCCGGAGGCACUGGCGGCCACUCGUGCCCUUGGGGAGAUGCUGGCUGUGUCCGGCUGCGUAGGCGCCACUCGGGGCUUCUACCCACACCUCCUGCUCGUGCUGGUCACCCAGCUGCACCAGCUGGCGCGGCGCGCGUCCUCCCCUGACACCCCCAAAGCUUGGACCCCAUCGGACCGAGGGCCGCCACACAGCCACGCCAGCUGCGCUGUGGAGGCCCUGAAGGCCUUGCUCACCGGUGACGGCGGCCGCAUGGUGGUCACGUGCAUGGAACAGGCUGGAGGCUGGAGGAGGCUGGUGGGAGCCCACACCCACCUCGAAGGCGUCCUGCUGCUGGCCAGUGCCAUGGUGGCCCACGCGGACCACCACCUGCGAGGCCUGUUCGGGAACUUGUUGCCCCGGCUGCGCAGCGCCGACGACACGCGGCGCCUCACGGCUAUGGCCUUCUUCACCGGGCUGCUGCAGAGUCGGCCCACGGCAGGGCUUCUGCGGGAAGAGGUCAUCCUGGAGCGGCUCCGCGCCUGGCAGGGCGACCCCGAGCCCACCGUGCGCUGGCUGGGCCUGCUCGGCCUAGGCCACCUGGCGCUGAGCCGCGGGAAGGUGCGGCACGUGAGCAAGCUGCUGCCCGCGCUACUGGGCGCGCUGGGCGAGGGCGACGCGCGGCUCGUGGACGCCGCGCUGGGCGCGCUGCGGCGGCUCCUGCUGCGGCCUCGGGCGCCCGUGCGGCUGCUGAGCGCCGAGCUGGGGCCGCGCCUCCCGCCGCUGCUGGACGACGCCCGGGACUCGGUCCGCGCCUCGGCUGUUGGACUUCUCGGGACGCUGGUGCGGCGGGGCCGGGGCGGGCUCCAGGUGGGGCUCCGCGGCCCCCUGCGGAAGCUGGUGCUGCAGAGCCUCGUGCCGCUGCUCUUGCGCCUGCAAGAUCCCAGCAGGGACGCCGCUGAGAGUUCAGAGUGGACCCUGGCCCGCUGUGAUCACGCCCUCCGUUGGGGCCUGCUGGAGGAGAUGGUCACCGUGGCCCACUACGACAGCCCUGAGGCCCUAAGCCGCAUCUGCCACUGCCUGGUUCAGCAGUACCCGAGUCACAUACCCAGCUUCCUGAGCCAGACCCAGGGCUACCUGCGGAGCCCGCAGGACCCCUUGCGCUGGGCAGCUGCUGUGCUCCUAGGCUUCCUCGUCCAUCACACAAGCCCCAGCCGGGUCAACCAGGACCUGCUGGACUCCCUGUUCCAGGGUGGCGCUGCUGGCCCGCGCACAGCCGGGGCCGCGCCUUCCGCGUCUCCUCCGCCUGGGCCUCUGGCGCCGCGCGGGUCCCCACCGACCCCCACCAGCCUACGCGAGCAGUCCAUUCCAGCCCCGGAGCGUCGUGGGGCGCUGGGGCUGCUUGGGAUCCGGCUGUGCCUGACCCCAAGCCAGCCCGCGGGGUACCUGGGUCUGAGGCAGGCACCGCACUGCUCUGUGGUUCAUCCUGGGUGGGGGGUGGGGGGAGCGAUCCGCAGAAGAGGCUCCGCUCCAGGGGCCCCUGGGCCCGGUACCAGAUGCUGUGAGCAAGCCCCCUCCCCCUCUCCUGCACACAAAUCCUCCAGGCCCAGGGCCACGACGGCCACGUGAGCUGGGAUGGAGACGCCUCCUGUCCGAGUACUGUUUCAGCUUGGGUGAAUCCGUCCCCACUCAGGCCAGACCUGUUGCUCUCCAAGCGCCCAGGAGUGUGCCCCCACCUCCGCCAACCUCAGCCUGGAUGGCACCUGGGCUCCCGAGCUGGGGUCUGGUUGGGGACACUGUGAAACUAGCCCAGCCCGGGGAGCUGGUGCCCUGGCAGGCUGCCUGCUCUCCAGGUCUCUGUCUCUGCGCACAGCCUGGCUCGGGCUCCCCUGCCUUCCUUGGCACCCCCGCCCGGCAGCCCAUCAUCCUCCAUCAUGUGUCCACUCAUCACCGGCCUGUCCCCACAUCCCCCACACCCUCACCCCUGCUAGCCUGCCAGACCUCACCUGAACCUUCUCCAGGAGGUUCUCCUGACCGCCCCACGGGACACCACAGGCUUGGGAUGGUACCUGUGGGCUCAGGUGUGGGGUGCCGACAUCUGCACCCCACUAGACUGAGCCCUCAAGACGCUCCCCCGUGCCCUGUGUGGGCUCGAAUGAGGAGAGCGUGACCGAACAUGCAGAGAAACAGCCCCUCUGUUGUGACUGAGCCUCUCUGGGCUGUUCAAGGCCCUCCACCUAGCCACUUCAGAGAGGCCUUGGCUCACACAGCCUUUUGGAGGAGCUGGGAGCAGUCCCCCCAGACUGGAGACCCCUUGGGGUCCUGUCCACCCACUACGGAAAGUGUUUAAAAUAAACACAGGUGGAUUUAAAAA